UGUGUUUUGUUCUCCAAGUUCACUUUAGUUCUCGUCCCUCUCUCAUCCUGCUUCCACGCGUUUGUUUCCGUGACGCGCGCGUGAUGCGCACCGGGACUCGUGGAUCAGACCGGCUCCGUGAUUCAAAACCGCGCUUCGGAUCGUAAUGCUUCCAAAAGUUUUCCGCACCGGAUUGAACUGCAUGGAAUAAUGUGGCGAAUCGUGCUGCUGUGCUGCGCUCUGGAGGCUUCCGUCGCGUCCCGUCCACCUGCGAACGCGUCUCUCCUCGCACCUGUCCGCGGCGUCGUGCGCACCGUGGACCGGAUCUACCACGGAGGAGGGAAAGCCGGUUAUCUUCUGUACAUGGACGAGCGGCGCUUUCAGCUGGAUAUGGAGCGGGAUGAGUCUCUACCGCCUCGUCGCUUCGGUUUGAACGCGGACGCGCCGUCGCGUCGGGAGUGCGUUUACCGCGGCACCGUCAACUCGAACGCGGAGUCGCUCGCGCUUUUCAAUCUGUGCGGCGGCGGACUCGACGGCUUUUUUGCGGUGGAUGACGCGCGGUACACCGUCACGCCGCUCAUCCGAGCGAAGGGCCACGAGAACGACGCGUGCGUCGUCGAGGACGCAGACGCGACGCGCGCUCUCCACUACUACACGCGCGAGAGCUUCGGUUUCGAGGCGAUGCCCGCGCGGCACAGCUGCGGCACGCGCGACCGCAGAGCGCGCAAGGCGCGGAAGACGCGACGCAAGCGCUCCGUGUCCCGCGCGCGGCACGUGGAGCUGCUGCUGGUCGCGGACGCGUCCAUGACGAAGAAGUACGGCAAGGACCUGCAGCAUUACCUGUUGACGCUCGCGUCCAUCGCGUCCAAGCUCUACGGCCACGCCAGCAUCGAGAACCCCAUCCGCCUGUCGGUGGUCAAAGUCGCGGUCCUGUCCGAGAACGAGAAGGGCAUCGAGGUGUCCAAGAACGCCGCCGCGACGCUCAAGAGCUUCUGCAAGUGGCAGAAUCAGCAGAACCCCCUGGAUGACGACCAUCAGCAUCACCACGACGCGGCGAUCCUCUUCACCAGGCAGGAUCUGUGCGGUCAUCACUCGUGUGAUACUCUCGGUAUGGCUGAUGUAGGAACUGUGUGUUCUCCGGAGCGGAGCUGCGCAAUCAUCGAAGACGACGGGCUUCAUGCCGCCUUCACCGUGGCACACGAGAUCGGGCACCUGCUGGGUCUGUCUCACGAUGACUCUAAGUUCUGUGAGGAGCGUUUCGGUUCGACUGAAGACAAGCGGCUGAUGUCUUCGAUCCUGACCUCCAUCGACGCGUCCAAGCCCUGGAGCCGCUGCACCUCCGCCACCAUCACAGACUUCUUCGACGACGGAAAUGCCGAGUGUCUGCUGGACGCUCCUCGAAUGCCUCUCCUGGGUCCGGAGGAGCUUCCGGGUCAGAGCUAUGAUGCGGUGCAGCAGUGCCGGCUGGCCUUCGGCCCGGAGUACACUGUGUGUCCCGGGAUGGACGUGUGUGCCCGUCUCUGGUGUGCCGUCAUCAGGAAGGGUCAGAUGGUGUGUCUGACCAAGAAGCUCCCGGCCGUGGAGGGAACGCCGUGUGGGAAGGGCCGGAUCUGCCUGCAGGGGAAGUGCGUGGACAAAACCCGAAAGAGACACUACUCGACGUCCAAUCACGGCAGCUGGAGCUCCUGGGGUCCGUGGGGCUCGUGUUCUCGCUCGUGUGGCGGCGGGGUCCAGUUCGCUCAUCGUCUGUGUAAUAACCCUCCUCCACGAAACAACGGCCGCUACUGCACCGGGAAGAGAGCCGUGUACCGCUCCUGCAGCGUCACGCCGUGUCCGUCAGCCGAUCUGUCUGCGUCAGGUAAGAGCUUCCGUCAGGAGCAGUGCGAGCUACGAAACGGCCCUCAGACGGACCCUAAAGGGGUGAAGACCUUCGUGGAAUGGGUGCCCAAGUUUGCCGGCGUGCUUCCCAAAGACAUGUGCAAACUCACCUGCAGAGCCAAGGGCACGGGAUACUACGUGGUGUUCUCCCAGCGGGUGGCUGAUGGGACGGAGUGCCGGCCGUACAGCAGCUCAGUGUGUGUGAAGGGAAAGUGUGUUCGCACCGGCUGUGACGGGAUCAUCGGCUCUAAACUCCAGUAUGAUAAGUGCGGCGUCUGCGGCGGAGAAGGAAACAGCUGUAUCAGAGUGGCUGGAAACUUCACCAAGAAGAGUAAGGGCUACACGGAUGUGGUGAAGGUCCCCGAGGGCUCGACGCACCUGAAGGUCCGACAGUACAAGGCUAAAGGUCAGUCGCGCUACACGGCGUACCUAGCGCUUCGGCGGCCCGGAGGAGAAUACCUGCUCAACGGGAAGUUCAUGAUCUCCACGUCCGAGACCAUCAUCCCUCUCAACGGCUCCGUUCUCAACUACACCGGCUGGAGCCAGCGGGACGAGGCCCUUCACAGCAUGGGCCCCGGGGCCCUUCGGGAGAGCCUGGUGGUGCAGAUUCUAGCCACGGACGCUAAGAAACCACUAGACAUCCGCUACAGCUUCUUCAUGCCACGCAAAAUGCCGCUUCCACCACGAACGGUCGCCGCGGUUUCCGGAACCGCCGCGGCGCUGUCCUCGGCGGAGAUCGUGACGUUUACGACGGACGUUCCCGUGACGACGGAGCCUCCGACGACAACGGCGCUCGCGGGGCCACGCUGGGUGACGGGGUCGUGGAUGACCUGCUCCAGAACUUGCGAUACGGGUUGGCAGAGUCGCACGGUGCAAUGCAAGGACCCUCAGGGGAAGCUGUCCAAGAGCUGCCCGCUCAGCGCCCGGCCGUCAGCCUUCAAACACUGCCUGAUCAAAAAGUGUUGAGGACCCCUCAAUGUAGACGAACUUCCUGACUGAGCUUCGUGGAGCACGUAGACUGAAGCGCUGCAGUUGCGUUCCGAUCACUGUGGGAUUCUGCUAGCAUUCGCAAUAGUGUUGCGUUGUGACUCGGAACAAAGAGCUUUGCUUCGAGCCUUGAAUGUGGUGAUGGUUAGCCACGCCCCUUUGACAAAGCCACACCCCUUGAGUUCACACUGGUAGUGAUUUAUACCAUUUCUAGAGUGUUUGAGGCUCUGGCUUUAAAUGAGCCAGUGUUCGUUUGGCAAAGCCACGCCCCUUGGGCUUUUAAACAUUAUGAAAACCUUUAGAAAACAUUCGGAAAUAAUGUUUUGAAACUUAUUGGGAACAUCAGCACAACUUUCUAUAUCACUUAUCAGGUCCCGAAAACGAAAAACGUUGAGAACCCCUCAAUCAGACGAACUUCCUGACUGAGCUUCGCGAAGCACGUAAACCGAAGCGCUACAGCUGCGUUACGAUCACUGUGGGAUUUCGCUAGCAUUCGCAAUAGUGUUAUGUUGUGACUCAGACAAGGAGCUUCGGCUCUAGCCUUGUAUGUGGUGAUGUUCAAGCACGGCCUUUUGGUAAAAACCACACCCCUUGAUUUGAAUGCCACGCCUCUUGAGUUCACACUGACAGUGAUUCAAACCAUUUCUGAAGUUUUUUUUGAGGCUCUGGCAUCACGUUUGUCAAUGUUAAGCCACGCCCGUUUGACAAAGCCACACCCUCAAUGCAAACAACACUAAAAACUUGUGAAUAUUAGCGUGACGUUUUAUAUCAUUUAUAAUGUUGAGGACCUUCCUGAUUGAGUUUGUGAAGCACAUUGCUUUUGCAUUACGGUCACUGUUGGAUUCUGCUAGCAUUGACUCGGGAAACGAGGAGCUUUGGCUCCAGCCUUGAACGUGGUUAUGUUUAGCCACACCCCUUUGAUAAAGCCACACCC